AUGCUUCAUUGUGUCGUCAUUGGUGCUACGAUAGAUACGGUGGCAUGUAUCGACAAAGUCCGAUCCAUGAUCCUUCACCGUGAUUCCGGGAUCGGUUAGCCCGUCGAGAUUACAUAGAUCAUGCUUUAAGUCAUAUGAAAUAUUGACAUAGGAUACACAGCUCAUAACUUGUUGCCACUGGUCUCGAAGUCUUUUACUGAACGCCGUAUGGUAUGCUUGGAGUCGUGGGGUGUAAAAUACGACCAUGCUAUUCCAUACGGUCCUCUCAAGCUGUUCUAG